AUGGCGAUAGUGAGGAUGCAGCGGAGCGGCCUGAUACUGGCCCUGGUGGGCUGGCUGGGCAUCCUCCUGGCCUGCGGCCUGCCCAUGUGGAAGAUAACAUCCUUCACGGGUGCCAACGCCGGCAUGUCCCAGGGCUACUCGGAGGGGCUGUGGGAGACCUGCACGUACGAAGGCCUGGGGCAGUCGCAGUGCAGGCGCUACACCUCCCUGACGGAGGUCUCCUCUGACCUGCAAGCGAGUCGAGCCCUGGUGGUCACCUCCCUCUUCACUGCCUUCUUCGCCUUCCUCAGCGCCUUGUCGGGCCGGGAUUACAUCAACUGUGUGGACGGGACCCCCACGAGCAGGUUCGACAUCGUGGCGGGUGUCAUCUUCAUCGCCUCCAGCAUCAUGGUGCUCGUCCCGGUCUCCUGGUGCGCCAGCAACGUCUUCACCAACGUCUACAACCCCAUGGUGCCCGCGGUCCUCAGGAGGGAGCUGGGGUCUGCCCUCUACAUCGGCUGGAUCGCCAGUGCCCUCCAGCUUUUCGGUGGGGCCAUACUGUGCUUCUCGGGACCCUCAUGCACACAGGAUGCCUACUCCAAGAAGUGCAGAGAGGAUAAAGCCUGCAGCCCGACAGGCUACCCCAUGAAAGACUAUGUGUGA